GAGCUUUGUAGUGCUCUGGAGCAAGACCAUGUGAAGCUACAAAUGGCCACGAAAGCUGUAGAGCAAAGGACACGAGAGCUGAGGAAAGAGAAGGAACUUCUUCAUGAAAGCCUUAAGCAGCAAAUGUAUUUAAGCAGAGAUGAAGAGAUCUCCUACCAGGUUGGCAUUUUUCUAGCAAGGGAGGAGAAGAACAGACUGUUGCAGAAGCAGCAGAUGCUGAACAAGAGACUGGAAGACAAAAAGAAGAGGGUUUUCUGGAAGGAUCCAGAGAUGAUGCUGCAGCCUGUCUUGCCAGAGAAGAAGAUGGUAUUUAAGGCACUCAUGACAAACAAGGAUGCAAACAAGCUGAUGCUUACCCCACUGGUCCACUACCCUUUGCCGGGGGGCUCAGCUCUCAUCACCUUUGAGAAGGCAGAAGUGGCCCACAGGAUCAUAGAGGCGAAGGAGCACGUGGUGGAUCUGAGCUGUGGGGAGGAGCUGGAGGAGCUGGACCGGUGCAGAGUGCGGGUGCAGGCAGCGCCGGUGGAUAUACUGCUGCCUUCUGCCCUGGAGAUCAGUCUCGCCCAGAGCAGCAGGAGCAUCAUCCUGUCUGGCCUGCCCAGCCUGGACAUCCCCGAGGAGGCACUGCUGGACAAGCUGGAGAUCUUCUUCAGCAAGAUGAAGAAUGGGGGUGGUGAGGUGGAGAGCAGGGAGCUCCUGGACAACUCUGGCCAGGCGGUGCUGACCUUCGUAGAGGACGGAGUGGCAGAGCUGCUGAUUGAGAGAGGACGCAUCCAGGUGCCCUUGGGGAAACAAACAUAUGAGCUCAAAAUAUCACCGUGCAUGAGUGGAGAUGUCUCUAACCUGCAG